AUGGCUGCUUUUUCCUCUUUACCAGUGCUUACGCCUCCUGCACCACCACCCCCCAUCCAAGGAUAUGCCUUCAAGCCUCCACCAAGACCCGACUUCGGGACCUCUGGGAGAACAAUCAAAUUACAGGCCAAUUUCUUUGAAAUGGACAUUCCAAAAAUCGACAUCUACCAUUACGAAUUGGAUAUCAAGCCAGAGAAAUGCCCACGAAGAGUUAACAGGGAAAUAGUGGAACAUAUGGUUCAGCACUUUAAAACGCAGAUCUUCGGGGAUCGGAAGCCAGUGUUUGAUGGAAGAAAGAAUCUGUACACAGCAAUGCCCCUUCCGAUCGGGAGGGAUAAGUGUGCUUGGGCCCUACAGGUGGAGCUAGAGGUCACACUGCCAGGGGAAGGCAAAGACCGCAUCUUCAAAGUGUCCAUCAAGUGGGUGUCCUGCGUGAGCCUACAGGCGUUACACGAUGCACUUUCGGGGCGGCUGCCCAGCGUCCCCUUCGAGACGAUCCAGGCCCUGGAUGUGGUCAUGAGGCACCUGCCAUCCAUGAGGUACACCCCCGUGGGCCGCUCCUUCUUCACUGCGUCUGAGGGCUGCUCGAACCCUCUUGGUGGGGGCCGAGAGGUCUGGUUUGGCUUCCAUCAGUCCGUCCGGCCUUCACUUUGGAAAAUGAUGCUGAAUAUUGAUGUCUCGGCAACAGCGUUUUAUAAGGCACAGCCAGUAAUCGAGUUUGUUUGUGAAGUUUUGGAUUUUAAAAGUAUUGAAGAACAACAGAAACCUCUGACAGAUUCCCAAAGGGUAAAGUUUACCAAAGAAAUCAAAGGUCUAAAGGUGGAGAUAACGCACUGUGGGCAGAUGAAGAGGAAAUACCGCGUCUGCAAUGUGACCCGGCGGCCAGCCAGCCACCAAACGUUUCCGCUGCAGCAGGAGAGCGGGCAGACCGUGGAGUGCACAGUGGCCCAGUACUUCAAGGACAGGCACAAGCUGGUGCUGCGUUACCCCCACCUCCCGUGUUUACAAGUCGGACAGGAGCAGAAACACACCUACCUUCCCCUGGAGGUCUGUAACAUAGUGGCAGGACAGAGGUGCAUAAAGAAACUCACCGACAAUCAGACCUCAACUAUGAUCAGAGCCACUGCCCGGUCGGCGCCCGAUCGCCAGGAAGAGAUCAGCAAACUGAUGCGAAGUGCAAGUUUUAACACAGAUCCUUAUGUUCGUGAAUUUGGAAUCAUGGUCAAGGACGAGAUGACCGAUGUGACGGGACGGGUCCUCCAGCCGCCCUCCAUCCUCUAUGGGGGCAGGAACAAAGCGAUUGCCACCCCUGUCCAGGGUGUCUGGGACAUGAGGAACAAGCAGUUUCACACGGGCAUCGAGAUCAAGGUGUGGGCCAUUGCGUGCUUCGCCCCCCAGCGCCAGUGCACGGAAGUCCACCUGAAGUCCUUCACAGAGCAGCUCAGAAAGAUCUCGAGGGAUGCUGGCAUGCCCAUCCAGGGCCAGCCCUGCUUCUGCAAGUAUGCCCAGGGUGCAGACAGCGUGGAGCCCAUGUUCCGACACCUGAAGAACACCUAUGCUGGCCUGCAGUUGGUGGUGGUCAUCCUGCCAGGCAAGACCCCUGUCUACGCUGAAGUGAAGCGGGUGGGAGACACGGUGCUGGGCAUGGCCACGCAGUGUGUGCAGAUGAAGAACGUGCAGAGGACCACGCCACAGACGCUGUCCAACCUGUGCCUGAAGAUCAAUGUCAAGCUGGGCGGCGUCAAUAACAUCCUGCUCCCCCAGGGCAGGCCCCCUGUGUUCCAGCAGCCAGUCAUCUUCCUGGGGGCUGACGUCACCCACCCACCUGCCGGGGAUGGGAAGAAGCCUUCAAUUGCCGCUGUCGUGGGCAGCAUGGACGCCCACCCCAACCGUUACUGCGCCACGGUGCGGGUCCAGCAGCACCGUCAGGAGAUCAUCCAGGACCUGGCUGCCAUGGUGCGUGAACUGCUCAUUCAGUUCUACAAGUCCACGCGCUUCAAGCCCACCCGCAUCAUCUUCUACCGAGACGGCGUCUCCGAGGGCCAGUUCCAGCAGGUCCUCCACCAUGAACUGCUGGCCAUCCGUGAGGCGUGCAUCAAGCUGGAGAAGGACUACCAGCCAGGGAUCACGUUCAUUGUCGUCCAGAAACGGCACCACACGAGGCUCUUCUGCACCGACAAGAAUGAGCGGGUCGGGAAAAGUGGAAACAUACCAGCAGGCACCACCGUGGACACGAAGAUUACCCACCCGACCGAGUUCGACUUCUACCUGUGCAGCCACGCCGGCAUCCAGGGGACGAGCCGGCCCUCCCACUACCACGUGCUGUGGGAUGACAAUCGCUUCUCCUCCGACGAACUUCAGAUCCUGACCUACCAGCUGUGUCACACCUAUGUGCGCUGCACGCGCUCUGUGUCCAUCCCCGCGCCAGCCUACUACGCUCACCUGGUGGCCUUCCGGGCCAGGUACCACCUGGUGGACAAGGAACACGACAGUGCUGAAGGAAGCCAUACCUCCGGGCAGAGCAACGGCCGCGACCAUCAGGCCCUGGCGAAGGCCGUCCAGGUCCACCAGGACACACUGCGCACCAUGUACUUUGCUUGACAUGGUUUAGUGUUGAGCGACUGUGUACCGAGUUGGAUUCACACGAGACCAGCUACACUCAGACCAACAGACGCCCAGCCCUUCCGAGACAGCCAGCUUUGAAACAUGAAAUGUCCUUUAUUUGACCAGAUUCGCCGGUGUCCCAGAAUGCCUUUCGUCCCAGAUUUCAAACUCGAAUUCUGAACUGCAGACCUGUAUGAGACCCGCCCCCACCCCACACUGUCGUAGGAAAUAUGGUUUGCCAAAAUCUAUAAGCUGCUUAUUAAAAAUAGAAGUUCCGUGUUUCCUAAAAAA